AUGGUCUGCUUGGUUAUUGUGAUUCUUUUUGCUAGUGUGCAUCAUCCAAUAGUGACUGCCCUAUCAGCCAUGCUAGUCAACUCUCAAAUCCCUUUCUUGGUCUGCCCCCUUGAAUCUGGUAAAUGUGAAUCUUGUGGUACUGCUGAACCUGGGCAGUGUGAAGGUCAUUUUGGAUAUAUUGAACUACCAAUCCCAGUAUACCAUCCGGAUCAUGAUAAUGAACUAAAACGGAUAUUAAGCUUGUUGUGCUUGAAGAUGAAGAAGAGGAUGGUACUAUGUCUGAAUGGGCUUGGAUAUAUUGAACUACCAAUCCAAGUAUACCAUCCGGAUCAUGAUAGUGAACUGAAAUGGGCUUGCUCUAUUUUGAGAUCAGCAUAAAAAAAGUUAUUUUUUACACUGAUGACAGGAGUAGGCUGGAUUGGAGACAUACCCAUUGAGAAAGGGGAGAGAUUGAGAUUCAAAACUUUUGCUCAUUUCCACUGGAAGGGUCAACCAGAAAGGUUCAGAAUCUUUGGCUGAUCCAGAAGAGUAUCCUAAUUUGUUCGAGGACUGGCAAGUCACACUUGC